CGAAACCCUAGCUUUUCACAGUGUUGCCCAGAAAAUCUGAGUGUAGUGCGGCGAUGGAGAAAGGCGAGGCGGAGGAGAAAAGGCCGAUUUUCAGAGAUAUAAGGCGGUAUUAUUGCGAGUACUGCGGAAUUUGUAGAUCCAAGAAGACUCUGAUUGCUUCUCAUAAAUUAGCUCAGCACAAGGAUGAGAUGGAAUUGGCAAAGGGUGAUGAAGUGGAGGUGGAUAAGUCUAAUACAUGUGAAGAAUGUGGUGCCAGUUUCAAGAAGCCUGCGUAUCUGAAGCAACAUAUGUUAAGCCAUUCCCUUGAGGAAUCAGCUUGUUUAAGAACUAUACCGUUUGGAUCGCGUGAAGCAUUGGAUCCCACCAAAGAACUCCAAAAUGCGAGAGGGUAUGAACUUGAAUGGACCAGUACCAGGGGGGAGACCUCCUGUGAAGCUCCGUCAAGUGAUCCUCAAUCACGCAGUGUUAGUAUUAAGAGGCCAUAUGUUUGCACAAUCGAUGAUUGUCGUUCUACUUAUAGAAGAAAGGACCAUUUGAACCGUCAUCUUCUUCAGCACCAAGGAAAAAUCUUUAAGUGUCCAAUUGAGAACUGCAAGAGUGAAUUUGCUUUUCAAGGUAACGUGAAGAGGCAUGUUGUAGAAUUUCACAGUGAGGAUUGCCCUUCUACUGGCGUUGAAGGUCAGAAGCAGCAUGUGUGCCAGGAACCUGGUUGUGGAAAGGUGUUCCAAUUUGCUUCGAAGCUGCGGAAACAUGAGGAUUCUCAUGUUAAGCUGGACUCAGUGGAGGCAUUCUGCUCUGAACCGGAUUGUAUGAAAUAUUUUUCUAAUAAGCAAUGCCUUCAGGAGCAUAUUCAGUCCUGCCACACUCAUAUCGCUUGCGAGAUAUGUGGGAAGAAGGUGUGGAAAAAGAACAUCAGAAGCCAUCUCUCUACUCAUGAAGAGGGAGCCUCUUCAUUGGAAAUUAAAUGUGAAUAUGAGGGUUGUCUUCACACAUUUACUAAAAAAUCAAAUCUUCUCCGGCAUGUGAAGGCUGUACACCUCCAACAGAAACCUUACGCGUGUAGCUUCUCAGGCUGUGGCAAGACAUUCUCAUACAAGCAUGUCAGAGAUAAGCACGAGAAUUCUGGAUGUCAUGUAUACGCCUAUGGGGAUUUUGAAGAGGCUGAUGAGCAAUUCCGGUCAAGGCCAAGGGGUGGGUGUAAGAGGAUAUGUCCUACAGUGGAAAUGCUUGUGCGUAAAAGGGUUACUCCACCAGAUCAAUUUGGCCCAGAGACAGAGUUCCUCUCCCAGUUAUUCUCGCAAGAAGAAGAUGAGCGCUGAGGCGUGCUCUAGUAGAGUUAAUAACCAUGGAAGUUGGGUAUUUUGAAUCUGCAAACUAGAUAUGUAUAGCUGCCUUUUGUAAUUAUUUAGAGAGUGGAUGACAGGACUUAUCCUGGGUUCUGUAAUCUUCUGAAAAUCUGUGGUUGGUUCGGCCAAUUCAUAAUACAAGCCAGCGAAGUUUUGACA